GUCGAUCAAGCAGGCAAGCUCGCCUUUGUGGAAGUUGCGGCCCUGAUGUACAUGUAUGUUAUUCCGCUUGCGGAAGUCCUGCUCGUCAGUCGGUCACGCCAUAGAGCUUGGGAACGCACGACGAGUAGAGCUUGUCGUUGAUUUCGAGUUCACAGCGCCAUUACAUAAAAGCGUUAUAAUCAGACGAUAUCAUGGCGGCUAACCAGCCAGCGAGAGAAUCUGGUGAGGCGUUGGCUGGACGAAUCGGUGAUUCAGGUCCGCCGAGAGCCGAUAUACCAGAAACGCCAGAAAUCGAGGGCCAGCUGAAGGUGGAGUCGGUGGACCUUCAGACGGCGAAGAACCGACCGGCUCACCGCACCGAUAAGUACGAGUACGCCGGACUGGUGGUGAGGCGUGGCCAGGCCUUCGAAGUGGAGAUCAACUUGACUAAGCAGUACGAUGCAGCAGCCGGCCACAGAGUGUUCAUCGAAAUGUGGUGGGGGGACAUUCCAAUGUCGUCUCAUGACAGCCACAUCGUCAUUCCCGUUCAUCCUAUUGGUGGGUCGAGCGAUGAUGUCGACGAGUGGAGGGCAAAGGUCAUCGGAGCCGAGGGAACCAAAAUGACCGUGAAGAUAUCCAUUCCCUCCGACUGUUUGGUCGGCCGGUAUAAUAUGGCGGUUCGCACCAACGUUGGGGGCGCCCUUGCCUUCCGCAUCAAAUUGGAGGCAGGCAUCUACGUUCUUUUCAAUCCAUGGUGUCAAGCCGAUGAGGUGUUCCUACACAAAGAGGAGUUGAGGCAGGAGUACGUUCUGAAUGACAUGGGGAUGUACUUCUACGGAACCGACCACUACACUGGAUCAUCCCCGUGGUAUUUUGGCCAGUUUGAGUCUGGUAUCCUGGAGUGUGUGGUUCGCCUUCUGGAAGAUUCCAAGAAGCAACCUGCUACCUAUUCCAACGCGAUUGAGGUAUCUAGGCAGCUGUCGGCUCUGGUCAAUGCACAAGAUGAGGGCGGAAUCUUGGUGGGCAACUGGAGUGGUAAGUACGAGGAUGGCACGGAGCCUACAGCUUGGUCCGGGAGCGCCUCCAUCUUCGAGGAGUACACCAGGACAGGGCUGCCAGUGAAAUAUGGGCAAUGCUGGGUGUUCGGCGGUCUGCUCACCACAGCUCUCCGCGCCAUUGGUAUCCCGGCCCGCACCAUCACCAACUUCUCCUCGGCGCAUGACACUGACGCUAACUGCCUGAUUGACUACCACUACGAUGCCGAUGGGAAAUCACUUGGAACGGCCGACAGCGUCUGGAACUUUCAUGUUUGGAACGACGCUUGGAUGGCCCGCCGUGACCUACCCAAGGGCUACGGUGGAUGGCAAGCGGUGGACUCGACUCCACAGGAGCAAAGCGAUUAUGUGUACCGUACCGGACCUGCCUCCCUGACUGCAGUGAAGAGCGGCCAAGUGUUCUUUAGUUACGACACCAAGUUCGUGUUUGCCGAGGUCAAUGCCUGCAAAGUCAAAUGGCUGAUCAGCAAGGAUUACUCCGAGCCGCCAAAAAUCAUAGAUAUUGAAACCGACGCCGUGGGGACUCGCAUUUUGACGAAAGCUGUUGGAAAAAUGGAACGGGAGGAUAUCACUCGGCAGUACAAGCCAGAGGAAGGUUCCAUCUUUGAAUACCUGAGCCUCUUCACUGCCGACAAGUACGCGAAUACUCUCAAGAAGCUGAUAUCGGAGGCGGGCCAGGACACCAGCUUGGAGAUUGGCCUACCGGAAGACGUUCUCAUCGGCAAGGACUUUGUGGUUCAGGCCAAGCUGAAGAAGACGUGCCCUGUCGAGGAGCUGCGAAGUGUGACUCUCGUCAUCACUUGCAAUACAAUGUACUACACGGGAGUGAAAGCAAAUCCGGUAUUUGAGUCAGCAGAUUCUGUCGACAUCAAAGAUGCAGAAGCAGUUCGUGAGUGGAAGGUGAAAGCCAGCAACUAUCUCCCGAAACUCGUGGACCAGGCCAACCUCCACUUCGACAUUACCAUAUUCGUCUCCGAGACAAACCAGGUGGUGACCAAAGGGGCAGAUUUCCGCUUAGUUAAGCCCGACCUCGAAGUUGAGGUUCCCAAGACUGUGACUGCAGGCACAGAAUUCACGGCCAGUGUCAAGUUCACCAAUCCUCUGUCAACUGUACUCAGCGGCUGUUUCUUCCACACAGAAGGUCCUGCUGUGGUCCUGCACAAGAAGGAAGCUUUCAGAGACAUCGCGGGCAAUGAAACGGUCAACUACCAAGUCACUGUUGUAGCAAGAAAGACGCCUGGGAGCAAGGAGAUCCUGGUGUCUUUCUCGUCCUUGGAUCUGAUCGGUGUGUCUGGCAAAGCAGCUGUCAACAUAAUCUAAUUGCCCAAUCAGAGCAGCCAGAGAUGACUAAUAUUAUGCGAAGAACAGUACAAUCUGCUCGGUGUUUGGCAAAGUACGCGUAGUGCUGUGUAAUCUUGCAAUCAAAAAAGUAUCGUCGUAUGUUAAACAGCAUUUGUUGUGAAGAAAAUAAGACUAUUUCAUUUAUAUAAAGGGUUUAGCCCUUACCCAACGUAUAUAUUGAUGAACACUGUAUGCUCAGCGCUUGUUUGAGAGCUUGCGACAAAAUGCACAAGCUUACCCGACAAAACUCUUUAUACAAAUUAACAUCUCCCCAACGCCAAAAAAAAUACAUCUUGGAGAUUAUUUCAGUCACUGUAGUUUAGGAGGCACUUAUGUAUGUGUGUGCAAAGACCUGAAAAAUGUACUAUUAAACAUGUACUGACUCAUCCUGAAGCAUGAUUGAUUUACCCUUUGGCUCAAAUUGCUUGUAAGGGUCAAAAGAUGCUUAACCAGACAUUUAAACAUCUCCUCCAAAUACACUCUUUGGUUGAUCUCUUUUCGUUUGGUUUCACUCAUUUUUUUUUGUUUUACCUUUACCGUUUUCUUCAUAUUUUUAGCCAAGCACAAUUAUCAGUAGUUUGGAAUUGCACUUCGUGAUCAGUAGCAAUACUAACAAUAACACCCCCUGUCUCAUACCACUGGCAAGGUAAUUUUUGUUACACGUGAUCAUGUAACUAAUCUUGAUAGAGGUUUGAAAAUAGAUAGAACAACAUAUAGCAUGUUGUGAUUUUAUUGUAUGAGUAAAAUACGAUUUUACUUUAAUUUUUCUUUAACUUUCUAAGAGAAACGUAUCAUAUACGUAAAAAACUUAAUUUCAGUUUAACUGAUGCAAUUUUAAAUUAGUGAUGAAAUUCAGAGUACAUGUAAUCGAACUCGUUGCCAAUAAGUGCCCUUAGUGUGAGUUUAAAAUUGUUCAAUUUGAAGUGCUUGUAGCCUUGGUAGGAUUCCAAACUGCUAAAAUUUAGCGACAGACCGUACUUAAUACGGUCUCUCGACGCGAACUGCUCUCAGAUAUUGUCGAUUUGAGCUUCAGAACCUGUCAACAGGUAAAACAGAAUGACUGUGACCUUUAACUCGACAGGUUAAAAAACAUAAUCACUUUUUUCAAGGUUACUGCGAGGAUUACUGAUGUAUGUUUUUCUGAAAUCCAGCUUUUGACCAUAAAAUCUUGCACGCAAUAAGCUUACAAAUGUACUCCACGAUUUGAAGACCCUGAGGGUUUUGAAUAGACGUUAGGCACAGAAGUUUGUGCUCCGGCGUUAUAUUUUGCUUACUUAAGGUAUCUUCUAUCUUACGCGGAUUUUCAAAAUGUGUUUAGUAUUGUUAGGAACAAGACACAAUUUUAUUUUUGCGUUUAAUACACAGGCUUUAUGUUUGAAAAUGUUGAAUUUCAACGAUUUUUUACGUGCAAAAGAGAAGUAGGCCUUGGCCCAUGCAGAUUCAUUUUGGUACGCAAGAAUCAGUUGGGAAAUACAGUGGCCUAUAAAAUAAGUAGUUUUGAUAGUAGGUAAGAUGGUAAAGAAAAGCCUUAAAAAGAAAAGACGGUGAGAGAGGUUUGGAAAAUGAAAAUUAGCUUAAAAAAUGAGAUUAAUUCUUAUCAAUACUCUGUUGACAUUUUCAUUACAUGCUCUAUAGGUUUUAGGUACACAGAGAAUAAAUCGUCACAUCGAUAAUU